AUGGCUCUUCUUCUCGCAAUUGUUCUCAGUUCUCUCGUCCCCUUAGCGUCUGCUAUACCGACAUGUAACGCGGACAAUGUUUACAGAGCCAUAGUGCGCUACUCGACAGAAGCGGAAUUCUUCUGCUCAGAUUUCCUGGCCCAAACACGUUAUUCAGGGACCCUAGAUUCCGUAGUCACCAUUCCGACCACAGUAACGGUCACCAACCCCAGAUCAACGGAUCCCGUAUCCGUCUUCCUCAUAUCCUACACCUCCAGCGUGUUCAUAUCGACCUCCUUCGCGCCUCAACCAACUCGCACCGCCAACCCGACAGCCUUCACGCGGCCCCUCCCCAUCUACGUCCAGCAAUACCCUCCCUCGCGCGUCAGCAGCGCCUGCUCCUGCAUCGCCAGCCCUAUCCCAACGUACACCAUAACGCGCGACUGCGACCCCAGCACGACCUCGACUGUCUCCACCACCAUCACUUGGACCACAGGCAGACCCGCCAGGACAACUGUGACCUACGCCUGGACAGAAACAACCCUCGUCUACGCCUCAACCAGGGCGCCCUUCCCAACCGCCUGCCCCGCCGCCGACGGCGUACCUUACAUCGGCAGCGACGCCUCUCUCUGGGACCGGAACUGCGACGCCUAUUUCGCCGCCGUCCGGAUUCCGCUUCUGCGCACGACGACGGCGCGCGACUUCACGGCCUGCAUCGAGGCGUGUGUUGCGUACAAUAAGAAUCUCGGGUACAACCAGUGCCAGGGGGUGCUGUAUCUUCCGCAGUCGGGGAAUCAGUGCCAGCUCGGGAAUAGCGUCACGCCUGGAGGUGGGAAUGGGGGGCAGGUUGCGGUGCUCAGGUUUUAUGAACCGAGUAAACCGACGCCGAAUUAUUGCGCUACAGUUACGGGGGCGAUUGGGGGACAUUGA